GUUUUAAAGCUUUAUUUUAUUAUCCCAUGUCCAAAAUAUAUAUAUUUUUUUCUUUCACAGCAAUCGUCAACGGAGGAGAGGUGUUCCGGCCCUGCUCCGAUAGCGGGAGAGGAGGAAUUCGGGGGUGGACACCAGUAGGCGUCUAUUCCUCCUGUUGCCUCAAGAGGUCGUCAGCAACCACCCACAAGGCGCCGGGGAGCACGCGGCGGUCGGGGACGUGGUUCAAGGGCCUCUGCCAGAAGGAUGAGGAGGAAUUAUCCGGAUUCUAUAUUGACAAUAAACUCCUCAUCCAUCUGGUGGAGGAACGCGUCCCACUCUGGGACCAUACCGACCGUCGCCAUGCAGACUCACCUGACCCGGAGUCUGUGGAUGGAGAUUUGUUGCAAAAUAGUUCCGGAUUGGGACGACCUCAGUGAAGGCCAACAGGAAGAUUGCAAGACGUCAGUCAUGGUGCGAUGGCGCUCAAUAAGGGACCGCUAUAAGAAAGAUUAUAACGAGGAGGUCAAUCGCCGGAGUGGGUCUGGCGGAACCCGCCGGCAGCCGUACCGCUAUGUGGCUGCCCUAGGGUUCCUACGUAGAACCCUAGAGCUGCGAAGAACAACUAGCAGUACUCGGGCGCCAGUACCUCCUUGUGAAAGUGAUCAAGAGGCGGUCCCUGCUGAGAUGCCCCCCGCGGAUACCUCUCCACCUCGUCCAGCACCUGGUCAGGAUCCAAAUCGUCCUCUACUGGUGCCCUCUGGUGACGCAACAAUGGCCGUUAUGGCGCCACUUUUUGAGGCGUUGAUGCGUCGCCAGAGGGCCGGUAGAAGCCGCCAAGCUGAUUAUGAAGACCUCACAAGGCUCUUGUAUAAGACCUUGUGUGGUUACAGCAAUAGGAUUGUAGCCAUGGAGGCCGAGCUGAGAAGUCUGCGGGAGUGUUUGGCACAGUUUUCUCAGCCGGGCCCGCUACAAACCUAUUGACCAUCAGUUAAUCAGCUGGUGGCGGACUUCACGCCCGACCAGGUGUUGAAGUUCAGACGUAGGGUGGAGGAUGCGGUGUGGGAUUUGAGACACCGCACAACUUCCGUUCCCCAACCACCAACCUAUCCCACGUCGCAUUCCUAUCCCCCACCACAACAUCCUCACCACUUCCAAACUCCUCACCCCUUCCAACCUCUUCACCCCUUCCAACCUCCUCACCCCUUCCAACCUCCUCACCCCUUCCAACCUCUGCAAACUCCAACACAUCCACCUCAACCCUCUCCCCAUUCUCCAACCCCAGAGCCUUUUCACCACUGUUCUCUCUCUCCUCCUAACUAUUUUCAACCAACAACUUUUAACAAUCCUUCUUUGCUGGCUCGGGCACCUCCUUCACCCAAUCCCCCAUCCCGGUUGCAUACUCCCGCUGUCUCUCCUCCCA